UUCAGAGUGAGACGUCUUCAUUAGUCGCUUUGCCUUUGACUUUUACAGAUUAGUGUAUUCACAUAAAGAAUUCAUAAAGAAAAUGCUGCGAAACUUGGUUCUAGUUUGUGUGCUGGUAGGUGUUGUUGUUGCCAAAAACCACAUCCAAGAUCAAACGAUUUACAAAAUCUUAAACAAGUCCGACAAUGGGGCUCUCACGAUAACAUCCGACAAUUCUGGAACUGACGAUAUGAAAGUCCGAGUUCAAUCUUGGAGUGAUGCUGCUGGGCAGAAAUGGAAAUCCAAGCAGCCCUUGUUAGCAAAAUCGUUCGAAUUUAAACCAACAUCAAAUGACCAAAUUCGCCUUGAUGCCGAUUCUCUGAGCAAUGUUUACGCUAGAAUGGUUUCUGGACAAGACACGAAAUCCUGGUACGUCAAGGACAUGGGUGAAGGUGUAUUCCAAAUUAAAAAUUAUGUAUCGGGUACAUGCAUUGCUAGCCAAGGGUUGACAAAACCAGUAAAAUUGAUGAGUUGCGACAAUUCCCCACCCCAGCAAUGGACUUUCACCCCACUUUAAUUUAUUAAUCAUAAAGAAACCACAAAUUCGAUACACAUUAAUAAAAUUAUUCGAGACUGAACGAUGUAAAAAAUCCAAAAA